CGGCGUUUGCAAGCUACACUAUGACCGCUGUCUCACGUUGGGGCCAGAAAUCGAUCUGAUAUGGCGACGCCGGCGCGUUUCGGUGGCGACUGGCCUGUACAUGCUAUUGCACCUGUCCGCCGCAGUGUAUCUAUUAACACAGGUAGCAAACACGUUCUUCACAACUUGCAAGCGGUACAUUUUGAGUGUGCUCGAAUGCUCCGCCGCCGUGACGUUCAAUGUCGCCAACGGUGGAUUCACGGCCUUGCGUGCCUACGCUAUUGGAAAUCGGUCUGUGCUGCUCGCUCUCGCAAUCUUCUUGUCGUCUUUGGUGAACACCGCUACGAAGAUCUACGAGGCCGCUUCACUGGUCGCGGUCUUCGCGCCUUGGCCUAUUGGCUGUAUUAUCUCAUCGAGCUCGGACAUCAAGGUUGACCGACCAUUGUACGUCACUGGCCAGGCAUCCACCAUCAUCCCCGAAGUGUUGCUGCUCGCGGUUACCUGGCGUAGCGCAUACCAUACGGCCAAACUCGCCAAAGCUGUGCAAAUCGAUACCCCAUUCACAAUGCUUUUCCUUAGAGAUGGCACUAUCUACUUUGUAACCAUUCUCGUUUUGCUGAUCAUCAACGCCACACUGGAAGCGACUACUGUUGGUAUCUCUAGCCCGGGCCUGCACGCCACUUGACUACCGCGACGUUGACUAUAUCCUUUCAGAUCGCCGCAGGAACCAUGAUUGCCAUCACCUACGCGUACGUUAUUCGCGAUCGAGCGGAUGGC